AUGUCGUCACCCCGUUCGCGAGCUGGUACCCGACUUACACAGAUAUCUAAACAUUUGGAUUCUAAACCGUUUCUUGAAUUGAACACUCCCUUUCACAGCGAACGUCAUACACGCGUUGAAGACGGACAAGGUAUACCCAAAGCGCCAAAGAAAGUAGAAGAGGCCAAGAAGGCAAUCAAGGAAGUAACGCAACUUGCGCCGGAACCACCUGCACCCAAGAAGAUGUCGAGCCAAGCGCCACACCCUGCCCUACUCAUUCCUGGGCCAAUUGAGUUUGACGAUGCGGUGCUCAAUUCCAUGAGCCAUUUCAGUGAAUCGCACGUCGGACUGCCCUUCGUAAACACCUUCAGCGAAGUCCUCGGAAACCUGCGCAAGCUCUUCCUGACUACCGACCCUGCCUCGCAACCCUUUGUCAUCUCCGGCUCAGGUACACUUGGAUGGGACCAGAUCGCGGCGAACCUGGUAGAGCCUGGCGAUGAGGUUCUCGUCCUACAUACUGGUUACUUUGCCGACUCGUUCGCCGACUGCUUUGAGACGUAUGGCGUAAAGGCGACACAGCUCAAGGCGCCCAUUGGCGACCGACCGCAACUCGAUGAGGUGGAGAAGGCGCUGAAGCAGAAGGAAUACAAGAUGCUCACUGUCACACACGUGGAUACCUCUACUGGUGUGCUCAGCGAGAUCAAGGCAUUGAGCGAACUUGUCCACCGCGUCAGCCCCGAGACUUUGGUUGUGGUCGAUGGUGUCUGCAGUGUCGGCUCAGAAGAGAUCCGCUUUGACGAAUGGAAGCUUGAUGCAGUUCUCACUGCCUCGCAAAAGGGAAUUGGUUGCCCGGCUGGUUUGAGCAUCAUGAUGGUGUCUGGACGCGCGAUUGAGAGGUUCAAGGCGAGAAAGACCCGACCCACAUCCUACUUUGGCUCAUGGAAGAACUGGCUACCAAUCAUGCAAAACUACGAAGCAAAGAAGCCAUCUUACUUCGCCACCCCUUCUCCACAACUCAUCCACGCUCUCGACACCGCGCUCAAGCAAAUUCUCUCGCGACCCAUUGAGGACUACUGGGCGGCACAUAAGACCGCAUCGCAAAAGGUCAAGAAGGCUGUCGCAGACCUCGGUCUCAAGCAGCUCGCUUCCAAGCCUGAAAACCAGGCUACUGGUAUGACUGCAAUCUACCUUCCAGAAGGUAUGACUCCUCCGGACGUCCUACCCAACCUCGCCAAGAAGGGUGUUGUAUUCGCUGGCGGUCUGCACAAGGAGGUUGCCACCAAGUACAUUCGAUUUGGACACAUGGGUGUUAGUGUAACCGACCCGAACCGACCGGAUAUUUCCAAGGCAAUUGAAAGCCUGAAGGAGGGUUUGAUGGAGGCUGGGUACAAGGCAUAGGUAAUGUCUCGCAUCUGGAAGAUCCAACCAAUUUGAUUCGGAGAUAAGACUUUUAGAAUGCAAUUGAAUAUAUCAGACGAGACACAAAUAGAACAAAGAUUCACUCG